AUGACAUCAGUCAGGAACGCCUAGGAUGCGGCUGUUCCCGGCCACCCUCAGAGGAGGAGGGUCCUGCCGGCUAGGAGUUAAUUAGCCUCGCGAGCGGCGAAGGGGGAGGCGCCAGUUUUCUGGGGACACUGGCGGCCACUGUGCGUCCUCCUACCCAAGGGAGCUCCCCAAGAGUUGGAUGAAUUCUGGGUUGUUAGCUGCUGUCCUCUGGGCUCCCGGGAGCCAGUUUCUGGUGGAAAGCGGGGCGUCUGGCCAGCGACCAGCGGCUUGCUGAGACUCACCAUGACACUCCUGGGGUCUGAACACUCUUUGCUGAUUAGAAGGAAGUUCCGAUCAGUCUUACAGUUACGGCUUCAACAGAGAAGGACCCAGGAGCAGCUGGCUAACCAAGGCUUAAUACCACCACUGAAAGGUCCAACUGAAUUCCAUGACCCGAGAAAACAAUUGGAUAGUGCCAAGACUGAAGAUUCCCUGAGGCGCAAGGGCAGAAACAGGUCCGACCGUGCCAGCCUGGUUAAUAUGCACAUUCUCCAAGCUUCCACGGCAGAAAGAUCCAUUCCAACUGCUCAGAUGAAGCUCAAAAGAGCCCGCCUUGCAGAUGACCUCAACGAGAAGAUUGCUCUCCGCCCAGGGCCCUUGGAACUGGUGGAGAAGAACAUUCUGCCUAUGGAUUCUUCCGUGAAAGAGGCUAUAAAAGGUACUGAGGUGAGCUUCUCUAAAGCAGCAGAUGCAUUCGCCUUUGAGGAUGACAACAGCAGAGAUGGGCUCUCCCCAGAUCAGGCCCGGAGUGAGGACCCCCAGGGCUCUGCAGAAUCCACCCCAGACAUCAAAUCCACUGAGGCUUCUCUGGCUGGUCCUCUGGACACAAUCCAGGAUCUCGCUCCUGGCUCAGAAAAUGACAAGAAUGAUGCAGCCUCCCAGCCAGGCAACCAGUCAGACUCUGGGAAGCAGGUUCUCGGCCCUCUCAGCACCCCGAUUCCUGUGCACACUGCUGUAAAGUCCAAGUCUUUGGGUGACAGUAAGAACCGCCACAAAAAGCCCAAAGACCCUAAACCAAAGGUGAAGAAGCUCAAAUACCACCAGUACAUCCCCCCAGACCAGAAGGCAGAGAAGUCUCCCCCACCCAUGGACUCUGCCUAUGCCCGGCUGCUCCAGCAACAGCAGCUAUUCCUGCAGCUACAGAUCCUCAGCCAGCAGCAGCAACAGCAGCAGCAGCAACAGCAGCAGCAGCAGCGGUUCAACUACCCUGGGAUGCACCAAACACACCUCAAAGAACCAAACGAACAGAUGGUCAGAAAUCCAAAUUCUUCCUCAGCACCACUGAGCAAUACCCCUCUUUCCCCUGUCAAAAAUAGCAUUUCUGGACAAACUGGUGUUUCUUCUCUCAAACCAGGCCCCCUUCCACCCAACCUGGAUGAUCUCAAGGUGUCAGAGUUAAGACAACAGCUUCGAAUCCGGGGCUUGCCAGUGUCAGGCACCAAGACAGCGCUGGUGGACCGGCUUCGACCCUUCCAGGAUUGUGCUGGCAACCCUGUGCCCAACUUCGGGGACAUCACAACCGUCACUUUUCCUGUCACGCCCAACGCCUUGCCCAGUUACCAGUCCUCCCCGACAGGCUUCUACCACUUUGGCAGCACGAGCUCCAGCCCACCCAUCUCCCCUGCCUCAUCUGACUUGUCCGCUGCAGGGUCCCUGCCAGACACCUUCACCGAUGCGUCACCUGGCUUCGGCCUGCACGCGUCUCCGGUGCCCGCCUGCACGGACGAGAGUCUGCUGAGCAGCCUGAAUGGGGGCUCGGGUCCCUCCGAGCCUGACGGGCUAGACUCUGAGAAGGACAAGAUGCUGGUGGAGAAGCAGAAGGUGAUCAACCAACUCACCUGGAAGCUGCGGCAAGAGCAGCGGCAGGUGGAAGAGCUGAGAAUGCAACUGCAGAAGCAGAAGAGCAGCUGCAGCGACCAGAAGCCACUGCCCUUCUUGGCCACCGCCAUCAAGCAGGAAGAUGUCUCCAGCUGCCCCUUCGCAGCCCAGCAGACAUCUGGGAAGGGACAGGGCCACAGCUCUGACAGUCCCCCUCCGGCUUGUGAGACGGCUCAGCUGCUGCCUCACUGUGUGGAGUCCUCAGGUCAAACCCAUGUACUCUCAUCCACGUUUCUCAGCCCCCAGUGCUCCCCUCAGCACUCGCCCCUGGGGGCCCUGAAGAGCCCACAGCACAUCAGCCUGCCUCCAUCACCCAACAGCCAUUACUUCCUGGCCUCCUCUUCGGGAGCUCAGAGAGAGAGCCAUGGGGUCUCUUCACCCAGCAGCAGCCAAGGGUGCGCACAGAACUCAGGGGCACACGAAGGCCAUCCUUCUAGCUUCUCUCCCCCAUCUUCCAGCCUCCAUCAGCCUUUCUCUGGCACCCAAGCAGACAGCAGUCACAGUGCUGGGCUCAACCCUUGUCCCAAAAGCCCAGGUAUUCAUCCAAAGAUGACUGGUUUACAAUCUUCUGACAAGGUGGGGCCAACGUUUUCAAUUCCAUCCCCAACUUUUUCGAAGUCAAGUUCAACAGUUUCAGAGAUAACCCAGCCCCCAUCCUAUGAAGAUGCAGUGAAGCAGCAAAUGACUCGGAGUCAGCAGAUGGAUGAACUCCUGGAUGUCCUCAUUGAAAGUGGAGAAAUGCCAGCUGACGCCAGGGAAGAUCAUUCGUGUCUUCAAAAAAUUCCAAAGAUCCCUGGGUCCUCCUGCAGCCCAACCACCCUCCCCCAGAAGCCCUCGGCUUCCUUUGAGCAGGCAUCUUCAGGAGGCCAGAUCGCCUUUGACCACUACACCAACGCCAACGCCAACGACAGCGACGAACACCUGGAAGUCUUAUUGAAUUCUCACAGCCCCCUAGGAAAGGUGAGCGAUGUUACCCUCCUCAAAAUCGGAAGCGAGGAGCCUCCUUUCGACAGCAUCAUGGAUGGCUUCCCAGGGAAGGCCGCUGAAGAUCUCUUCAGUGCUCAUGAGCUCUUGCCUGGACCCCUCUCCCCAAUGCAUACACAGUUGUCACCUCCUUCCAUGGACAGCAAUGGUCUGCAGCUGAGCUUCACAGAAUCUCCUUGGGAAACAAUGGAAUGGCUGGACCUCACUCCACCUAGUUCCACACCAGGCUUCAGCAACCUCACCUCCAGUGGGCCCAGCAUUUUCAACAUCGAUUUUCUGGAUGUCACGGAUCUCAAUCUGAAUUCCCCUAUGGAUCUCCACUUACAGCAGUGGUAAACACAGGAGGUCCAAGUGCUACAAGAGUUCAGUGGGAGGUCCAUGGAGAAAAGCAUACUACCAGAAAUGUGUGUUCCAAAAGAUGAGGGAGGGAAAAAUGGGGAGAAAAAAUAAAUCAGCAGUGGAGGUUUUUGUGACAACCAACCAGAACAAACAGGAGUCAGCUAAUAUAAUAUCUACCAGCAUUCAGUAACUGUUAAUAACUUCAGUGAUGCAUUCGAAAAUGUGCUUUGUCAGAAUAAGAAUGCCAAAAAUGUUUUAUCGCUGCCUUAUCUCAUACCAGUUUUUUGUUUUUGUUUUUGUUUAUUUUUGGUAUUUGGUUUUUUUGCCCACAGUUUGUCUCAGGCAAUACUGGGACAUAGGCUGACCCCAUUAGCUUUUGUUAUGAAUUUACUAAACUUUCUGUGGAAGGAGAAUAGAGCCUCUGGGGGGGGGGUGCAGAGAAGCCAUCCAGUGCUUGAGGUGGCCUCCCGUGUGUGCAUCUUCUGUCUUUCAGAAGAGCAGGGCCUGUUUCAGCCAGAAUAAUCAGAAUGGUCAGAGGGACAGACCAAUUAAUUCCCAGGAAAGCAAAAGCAACUCAGUGUCCCUUGACUCCCAAAUGGUCCCACUGGACUGGUGAUCACUGGCGACAACUAACUAGCUUUGUCCAGAGAAUCCACCCAGAACACGGUGCUUUUUAGCCAGUAGUCCAGUUUUUCUCUGACACCUCUAUGUGCAUCAGCGAUGCCUAGCAGGUAAGAACUUGAAUCACAGAAACUUCAUGCCAUGGAUGGAGACACCUGAGGCUCUCAAAUACUACUACCUCUAGUUCCAAAGACUAGAGAUAGAUGAUCAGAAAGGCAACUGGAGGCCCAGGGAGCCAUACUGGGACAAGUUAGAAUUAGAGAACAAUGUCAUUUAACAUUCCGGGAAAGAAAUAACCAUGAAUUGCUAUUACAGGAGUAACACACAGAGCCAACUUCCUUUUCUUCUUUAUUUUUCUUUCUUAUUGUGAACAGAGGGAAUUCACCUCAGUCCAUCUUCCUCUCAGUACUUUUCUUUCAAGAUAUCAAUUCUUUAUGACUCUUUUGCUUUUGAUAUUCUCUCUCUCUCUCUCUCUCUCUCUCUCUCUCUCUCUCUCUCUCUCUCUCUCUCUCUCUCUGAAAGGAGAGAGGUUUCAGUUCUAACAAGCUACCAUACUCCUAUUAAAGCCAUUUUUUUUUUUUUUUAGAAAAUUAAAAGUCCAAACUCUUUCUUCACAUGUGCAUUGGCUGAAAACAGAAUUUACAAGAAUUUCCUUAGGAAGAAACUGGGGAUGUGGCCCACUGGUCACAAAACUUUUUUUUUUUAAAUUCUUGUUUGAUUUAUGGACAAUCUUUGGUUUGUGUUGCUCUGGAGAAAUUGGAAAUCAUUACAGAGUGAAGAUAAAUCAGGGCAAUAUGUAUAGUAGAGAAUGUUUCAGUCAGUUUUCCAAACGAGAACACAAUUGCACAUUGUAAACAACAGGAGAGUGAAGGACCACAGUCUUAAGGAGUUCUUGUUGUCCUGUGUUUGGUGAAGGCAUUGAGGACUGAGGAAGACAACACAGAUUGCCCAAGUCUCUCAGAGGCUUGCUGUGGCCAAUUCAAGUAUUACAAUGUUGCAUGCUGUAGAAAGUAGCUGUUGCUGUUGUUUUGUUUUGUUUUGUUUUAAUUUAAGUCACCAAGGCACUGUUUUAUUCUUUUGUAAAAAAAAAACAAAAAAAAAAGUUCACUGUGCACUUAUAGAGAAAAUAAUCAACAAUGUUGUGAAUUUUUGAGAAGUCUUUUUUUGAUAAACCAAAGAUUUAGAAAUCAUUCCAUUGUCAACUUGUAAAAAAAAAAAAAGUUUGAACACUGAGUGUUUUUGGUGACUGCUACUCUGGAAGCCACCAGAUCUUCUUGUAGGGAAGGAAACACAGAUGUGUACACACGUGUAGUUCUAUACAUGUGCGUAUGGAGUAUGUAUAUCCACACAUACACACAUGUAUACAACUAUGUGUGUGCACACAUAUCUGAAAGGUGGCAUUCAGAGGGCCUCCGACACUCAGUCCACUGUGAAUGAUGUGUAGCCUUUCUCACUUUGAGUUGCUGAUUGACAAACCAGACUCCAUGUUGCCCCUCUGUAUAUGACUUAGGACUCCAACCCAAUGCUCACAGCCAUGUGCUACUGGGGAACAAGCUCCUCCUGGCAAUGAGUAUGGAUUCGAGACGACAAAGCCGGGCAGUGAGUUCGGAUGUGAUGGGAUCAGAGUGGCUUCACCAUCCGUAGCUGCCAAGGCUAGGGCCUUCUCUUACAGAAGAGUCUAAAGGGAGCAUGAACUUUGUUCUGACAUUCCUUGAUCUGCAGUGUGCUUGAAAGGCUCUGCGUGAUACACUUCCCCUCGUGUUUGUACGCCAUCAGAACCACAGAUCCAGAGAUAAAGCUUAGCAUGAAGAUGAAGCUGGGGGAGGAAACUUAUUGCCACAUUCCAAACACUGGUUUGACCUCCGACGCUGAUGUUGCAUUUGAGUCUGGAUGAGGCUUCCUGCUCUGUACAUUUCUUAGGCUCCGGCUGAACCAUGUAUGUUAUCCCCUUCUUGCUUCUUUGGAAAACAAAUCCACAGUGUCCUGCCUCUGAGACCCUCAUCUGAGAGCUGAUAAUUUUCCCUUUGGGUAUCCCUGUCUGGGAGAUUGGUUAGACUGCUCUGUGUGUGUUUUUUUUUUUUUUUU